UUCUUUUUUGGGACGGACCAACCAGUACUUCCUGUUAUUAAACGCUCUCUCUGCGUAAGGAGAAGAAGAUAAACUGAGUGCGACAUCUUUUAAAUCUCCCCUUAGAUACUGAUUGAAAUUAAUUACUUUUUACCCCGUCCUGUAGUGAGUCUCUCGCGGUCAGAGGGCAUGCCUCUGUCGGAUCGAUCGAGCUCUGACGGCGGUGGGGAGUCACGCAGUCCUCGGGCCCGUAGACCUCGGACUCGCUCCCGCAGUCGCCAUCGCAGCGGCAGUCGCCAUCGCAGCGGCAGUCGCCAUCGCAGCGACAGCCGGGACCGGAGCUUGUCUCCAGACAGCUUCGGACCCAAACUCCCUAAGCCACGCAACCGUGAGAGGGAGCGCGAGGAACGGGAGCGUCGAUUCAAAGAGGCCAGAAACAUUAGACGGAUCCGCAUAGGAAGCCCUCAUCGUAGCCGCUCCAGGUCCAGAUCCAGAUCAAGAUCAAGGUCCCGGUCCAGGGAGCGCCAUAACAACAACAACAGCAGCAGCCACAACCACAGCAACCACUGGUCCGAGCCUCCGGGAAAACACGGCGGUCUCAAAGAUGAUUAUUACUACGAGCAGCAGAGGGACGACGCUCAGCGGCAGAGACAAGAGGCUUUUAUCGCCAGGCGUCUGCAGGAGAGGGAGAGGAUCGGUGAGCUGGGUUGUCCUGAAGUUUGGGGAUAUUCACCCAGAGUGAAAGAGCCAGACUCCGAUGAGUUCACACCGGUUGAAGAAGAUGAGAAAAACAGCAGUUCAGAAUCAGGCACAGAAGAAGAGAAGAAGAAGAAAAAGAAAAAAAAGAAGUCCAAGAAGAGAAAGAACAAAAAGCACUCGGAGGACAGUGAGCUUAAUUCAGAUUCGGAUGAAGAAGAAAUAAAGAAGAAGAAAAAGAAAAAGAAGAGCAAAAAGUCUAAGAAGUCCAAGAAGAAGAAGGCGAAGAAAAGCCGGAAGGAGUCCAGCAGCGACUCCAGCAGCGAGGCCUCAGAGGACGAAGAGGAGGAAGAUCCCAAUGGGGUGAUGUGGGUGGAGAAAACCUCCAUGGAUGAGCAUGUGGUCGGCCCCGAAGCUCCUCUCACUCACAUGUCUCAGAACGAUCGACCUUUGGAUUUCGGUCAUGCCCUGUUGCCAGGUGAAGGUGCUGCCAUGGCAGAGUACGUGAAAGCUGGCAAACGUAUCCCAAGAAGAGGAGAGAUCGGUCUCACCAGCGAUGAGAUCGCAAACUUCGAGAAGUCUGGUUACGUCAUGAGUGGCAGCAGACAUCGUCGUAUGGAGGCUGUGCGUCUGAGAAAGGAAAACCAGAUCUACAGCGCAGACGAAAAGAGAGCCCUGGCAUCGUUCAACCAGGAGGAGAGGAGAAAGAGAGAGAGCAAGAUCCUGUCGAGCUUCAGGGAGAUGGUGUACAGGAAAACCAAGGGCAAGGAGGAGAAGUGAAUGACCAGUUUCUGUCUCCUGUUAUUGGAACCUUUACUCUUUGUUUGGUGACAUGAGGUGUAAAGCUUUUUUUUUUCUCUCAGUUUGAACUGAGUGUACGGUGCAGAAGUGUUUUAACUGUAAAAAAUGUGUCUGAGAAGUAUUCAGUUGUAUUCUCCUUCGAUUUUUUUAUCCAUCUCUUGUAAAUGUUUCAACUCCCAACCAGAAUGUUAAAUAAAUUUUCACUAUCAUA